UAAUAUAUCGUAUCUGUUCAGCGCUUUUUUGUUUUCAUUUUGUUCCUAAAUGCUUUGUCAUAUAGCCUACAAUGUGAUUUUUGUUUGCAAAGAACACAUAUUUUUCACGUUGAUGAUGUUUUCCUAAUAAUAUAAAUAACUGCAUAAUUGAAUCCCUCUUCACUUUCGAAAGUAUAAUCUUUCUUCCUUUAAUGUUACCUGGUGGGCGAGUAUGAGUGACGUUGACGUCACGUCCCCCCUUUCGCCCCGAGCGCGAGCACCACUUCACCGCCACAUCAUCCGCCAGUUCGUGCAAUCUGAAAGCAAAGGGCGAGAAAAUCUACGCGAAUUAAACACAAUCGCGUAUAUGCGAUACUUAUGCACCGCGGCUUUUUAUUCACGAAUGAUUUCAGCUUUGAAUUCAGAGCAGCCGCUUUAACAAAGGACAUUAUAUAGGCUACGACAAAACUAAACGACACAUAAGCCCGACAUCACUCUCUGUUCUAACAGGAAGCCUAAAGAUGCUUCAAUCUCUCGCAGGUAAUUCGUGCGUCCGCUUGAUUCAAAGCAACAAAUCCGCGUGGUAUUUUCUGUUCCUGGUCCUCGGUUAUAUUCUAUAUCUCAUAUUCGGAGCGGUCGUUUUCUCUUCGGUGGAGCUGCCGUAUGAAGAUCUCCUGCGCCAGAAGCUCCGAGCGACCAAACGUCAGUUUCUCCAGGAACAUCAAUGCCUGUCUGAGGAAAGACUGGAGGAGUUCUUGUCCAAAGCGCUCGAAGCAAGCAACUAUGGUGUAUCCAUCCUUAACAACGCAUCGGCCAGCUGGAACUGGGACUUCACAUCCUCCCUGUUUUUUGCCAGCACUGUGUUAUCCACCACAGGAUAUGGUCACACUGCCCCCCUAUCUGAUGGAGGAAAGGCUUUCUGUAUCAUUUAUUCUGUGAUCGGCAUUCCCUUUACCCUUCUCUUCCUCACGGCUGUGGUGCAAAGGAUCAUGGUGUUCAGCACAUGGCGACCCAUUAUGUACAUACACACACGCUGGGGUCUGUCCAAACCCGUGGUGGCACUCGUUCACGCAACCCUACUGGCAAUUGUGGCUGUUUCCUGUUUUUUCCUCAUUCCCGCUGCCAUCUUCUCUGUGAUGGAAGUGAACUGGAACUUUCUGGAAUCCUUCUACUUCUGUUUUAUCUCGCUCUCCACCAUCGGCCUGGGUGAUUAUGUACCUGGAGAGGCCUUUAACCAGAAAUUUAGGGAGCUCUACAAACUGGGAAUCACUGUCUAUCUUCUCCUUGGCCUGAUUGCCAUGCUGGUCGUGUUGGAGACCUUCUGCGAGCUCCAGCAGUUGAAGCAACUGAGAAAGAUGUUCUACCUGAAGAAGCAGAAACCCCAGGACCGCCUGGCCAUCAUGGAGCAUGACCAACUGAACUUUUCCUCGAUGGCCGAUGGCUCCAUCAAUUCACCCCAAGAGGAUAAACACGAAGCAUUUGUGGAUUUCCCUGUCCUGACCUCUCCUGGUGGUGAUGACCCGAUAAUCAGAUAAACAUCUUGACAUCUUUAGCCAAGGGGUCUCCAACAUGUGGCUUGCAGGUGAUUGGUUGACUACUACAGCAGGAAGCCAGACACUUGCCCCAAAAUGGCAACAAUUACUUAAAUAUGUACCUUGAUAUUUACAUAUUCCAAAGCAGUGCCAGCUCAGCUUUCUGCUCUUGGACGUAUUUAUAUCCAUCCACCACCAAUAUGGAUUUAAAACCAUGCAUAUUUGCAUGCUAAACUCUUGAUAGCGGUAAUGAUCUUGUUUUCUAGGUCAGAGAGUCCAAAUCUAAAUUUUGUUACUCUAAAUUUGAAUAUAGUUUUAAAGUCCUUUUGCCCCUUGAACUAAAACUCAUCCUGACCAUGUCUGGCCAGAUGUUUUUAAUAUAAAAAUAUGUUGUGAGGAGACCUAUGGUGUUGGAGACCCAUGCCAUCAAACAUUGUAGAUGUUGCACAUCGUCUUUAAGUUUUAUUUCAGACUUGUGUGAUCAACCUUGUGAGCUUUACUUGAGUAAGACUUCAAAGAUAUCUGCUACUAAUGUUCAUAGAAACCGUUUUGCUCUACUGCGUAGAAAUAUUAUCAGUAACUAUGAUGCACUGUACUGCAGUAUAUACUGCAGAAGAUUUAGCAUGUGUAGCAUAAGUGUAAAAGCACAAACAUACUGUUCACAAUGAGGGACUAUUGUGGCUAAGACAACAUGUAUCUUAAGGGAUAUUUUAGAUGUGUUAUAAAGGGACAAAAAGCAUUUUGUUUUACCUUAGUCUACUCUAUAUAUUCAAAUGCUUCAGAGAGUUUACAUGAAUUGAACCUGAGGUAGAAAGUGGUUAGUCCCAUAUGAAAUCAAAUGUCUACUGAGGUACUGAGAUUUUGGCACAAUGCAGUUACAUACCAAAACAAUUGAUACUAAUAGUUUAUAAGCAUUACUGGUUGCCUGGAUAAGACUUAAAAGUUUUUUUGUGGCUAAUUUAGUAAAUGCUAAAGAAACAUGCUUGAAAUGUUGUUUACAAAUAAAUACAUGUAUGUUUAUAUUAUAAGAAUGACUGUUGUAGAAAUAGACUGACGGCUACCUGUAUGAUUAGGUUACAGCAGAUUGUGUUAUAAUGUCACAUAGGGGUGGGACAAUCCAUUGGCGAUGUAUCCGUUGUCUGUCUCCGUGCAAUAUGAGAACCGAUAUGCUGGCAUCAAAUAUCGAUAAUUAAAUUAAUAAAACAA